AUGGAGAGUUCAUCAGAAGAAGACGGUGGCGCCCUAUGUUUGAAGAACACCGAUGACCUCCCAACCAGUGUGCCAUUCAUCAAGGGCAACAGCACAAUGACAACAAUAGUCGACAAGUCCGGCGUGCAUACCUACAUGGUUAGGUAUUGCACAUGCCCCAAUGCCGCUGCUGCCGAUAUACAAAUGUUUGAAAUGGGCUUAUUCCCAGCGUCCUUCUUGGAACCAAAGACGGCAUUCAUAUUUGACGUCUUAAAUGACUUUUUGUUGGACAACCUGGAGUGCGGAACGUCGGCGAUAAAUUACUUCUCAAAUGGAAUGGCUUCAGCCAUGAGGAAAAAGGACAUCAGACCUGGCGAUUUAGCUCUCUUUUGUCCGGCGUGUCCCCAGCCAGGGAUUAAUGUGACUUUGCCUGUCGGAGAACAUACCAAGACUUUCAAUGAGAAAGGAUCAGAUUUACAAACACUGAGUUGGCUAUACACAAGAUCACUUGUCAUGGAUGGAAACUUCAAAGCCGAGCAUCUCCAUCCAUUAAAUCCUGGCGACGAAGUUUCUCUCAUGGACGGCCAUGGGUUCAUGGUAGGAGAUGCAAUGUAUAAGGAGCAUUUGGCCAUUGCCCAAGACACCAUUCAACGAUCGGAAUGCAACAACCACCGCACGGUCAAUCAGGCAAAUGCAUCUCAUCACAGGUUGGAGGCAACCGGCAUUGGCAGUUGCACCUGUGCAAGGCAUGGGUGUUUUGUUCCUCAUGCCAUGGUCGAUUUUCAGAAGGGAGAAAGGUGUGGGACCAAACCUGAGCAAAUGUACCACCUUACUGAGUUGAACUAG